ACUACACUCACUUUUUCGUUAGCCUCUCACGGUUCAUCUCCUCCUCCUUGAAAGCCAAUAUAGAUCGAUCCGACGGAGGACGCUCUCUCAAACCUCAGUCUCCGUUGACUACUGACACUCUCCCCGUCUUCUUCUUCUAAUCCCCCCCCCCUGUACGUAUCUACUUCCGAUCUUAAUGAUGGCCCGAUGUCUAGCACGGUUCCUAGUUUCUCUACUCGCCUUAGCAAUUUGCAAUGCUGCUUCGGUUUCUCAUCCCAUUUCAGACUCUCACCGAUCCGCUGCUCUCGAUGUCUUCGUGCCACUCGAUGGAUCCUACAAAAGCUUGGAGGAGGCGUAUGAAGCAUUGAAGAGUUUGGAGAUUCUUGGAAUCGAUAAGAAGUCUGAUCUAAGCUCGGGGACUUGUGAGAAUGUGGUUAAAGUUCUUGCGUCGCCUUCUUCUGCUCUGAAGGAUGUGUUCUAUGCUUUGAGCGUUAAUGGGAUUCUUAAAUGCAAAACUGGAGAAGAUGUUCCGAAGGAUAUUGUCUCUAAACUUCAAGCUGGCGCUAAAGAUGCCAAGUUAUUGCUUGACUUCUACUAUUCUAUCAGAGGCUUGGUGCUUGUUAAGGAGCAAUUUUCUGGAACUGAUCUAACUCUGGGAGAUGCCGAAGCUAUUUUCCGUUCCGUAAAGGCUCUCAGCCAGAGUGAUGGAAGAUGGCGCUACAGCUCCAACAAUGCGGAAUCAAGCACCUUUGCUGCUGGCUUAGCCUUCGAAACUCUUGCUGGGGUGAUUUCAUUAGCACCUUCAGAGAUUGACCAGUCAUUGAUCCAGACAGUGAAGACGGGUAUCCUGAAGCUUUUUGACAGUAUCCAAAAAUAUGACGAUGGGACAUUUUACUUCGAUGGAAGUGAAGGCCCGAUCUCAACAACUGCAUCAGUAAUUAGGGGGCUCACGUCAUUUGCAGCUUCAGAGUCCACAGGAUUGAAUCUUCCAGGUGAUAAGAUAGUUGGGUUGGCCAAGUUCUUUCUUGGUGUUGGAAUUCCUGGUGAUGCUAAAGAUUUCUUCAACCAAAUAGAUGCACUAGCUUGUUUGGAAGACAACAGGUUCUCUGUUCCACUCAUCUUGUCUCUUCCAUCAACUGUAAUUUCAUUGACAAAGAAAGAGCCUCUGAAGGUUAAAGUUAGCACUGUACUCGGUUCUAAGGCACCAGCUCUUAGUGUGAAGCUCGCAGAAGCUCUAAAUUCAAAGGGUUCUUCUGUAAUUAACAACCAGGAGCUGAAGUUUGAUGCGGACAGUGCAACGUACUUCUUGGACUCCUUUCCCAAGAACUUUGAUGUUGGAAAGUAUACUUUUGUCUUUGAGAUUUUGCUCGAUGAGUCGGCAAAUGAAAAAGGUUACAUAACCGAAGCUCAAACAAAAGUGCCUAUAGCCGCCACAGGAGCUAUUGGCAUUGAGAACGCAGAAAUUGCGGUACUUGACAGUGACGUUGGGAGCAUUGAAUCUCAGAAGAAGCUAGAUUUAACUAAAGAUGGAGUAGUAUCAUUAUCAGCGAACCAUCUUCAAAAGCUACGCCUGUCAUUCCAGUUAACUACUCCACUUGGCCUUGUGUUUAAGCCACACCAGGCAUUUCUCAAACUGAAACAUGAGUCACAGGUCGAGCAUAUCUUUCUCGUGAAAACUUAUGGAAAGAAGGCUGAAUUAGUUCUAGAUUUUCUUGGAUUGGUUGAGAAGCUCUACUACCUCUCUGGUAAAUAUGAGAUCCAGCUAACUAUUGGAGAUGCUUCUAUGGAGAACUCUCUAUUGAGUAAUAUUGGCCACAUCGAACUAGACCUACCAGAACGUCCAGAGAAGGCGCCUCUUCCUCCUCUACAUCCUACUGACCCUUACUCAAGAUAUGGGCCAAAAUCUGAGAUAUCACACAUCUUCCGUGUUCCUGAAAAGCUUCCCGCGAAGCAGCUUUCAUUAAUUUUCUUGGGUCUUAUAGUUCUCCCAUUCAUCGCCUUCCUGAUCGGGCUGACACGGUUGGGGGUGAACAUAAAGAGCUUCCCAUCAUCGGUUGGAGCGGCAACAUCCGCUUUGCUUUUCCACGGUGGAAUUGGAGCUGUUCUGCUUCUAUACGUGCUAUUCUGGUUGAAGUUGGAUCUGUUCACGACUCUAAAGGCACUAUCUUUGUUGGGAGUGUUUCUGUUGUUCGUUGGACACAGAACACUCUCUAACCUCGCAGCAGCAUCGAACAAGUUGAAAUCUGCUUGAAGAAUAUGUAUUCGCUAUGAUGGAUUCAGUCUGUUCCAUGGAUCAGUUUUUAUUUGCAGUUUUGUAGCAUUACUUUUAUAUAGAUUAAGGUGAUAAGACAAUUCCAAAGGAUUUCAGAGUUUACCAACUCUCAGUUUAGUCUUUAAAGUUAUCAACAAGAAGUCAAGAAGAGUUGCUUUCCGUACCUU